ACUUUCAUGGCGCGUCGACAUACGGGUGUCUGCGAUCUUCUUUCUUAGGGGUCAUGUUGACGGAUGUGGAAUGAGUCUAGGUACGAAUCGACUAGCGGCGAAAACGUGCGAUUCAAAGGCUAGGUAUUUAAGCCGCACCACAUCUCCAAGCAAUUGCUCGUGGCCGGCGUGGUUUCAUGGCAUAUGAAAUCAUAAUUUACUAGGACCUGUUUUUCGAUCGCUCAACUAGGUAGACGCUUGGUUCAACUGAACUCUCUUGAUUUUUGGGUUUGGUGACUCACCAAGCACCCAUAAGCUAUGUCCUUGCUGGGAUAAUACCGGUGAUUAGUUGCUGACAAUAUACCUGACUUUUUGUGGGGAACUAAAGCGUGGAACCGGUCAUAGUAUGCUGCAAGGGGCGAAAAGUUGGAUCUCCGAAUGUGUUGUCGUAUCGGGAGCACGCUAUAAAUCAGGAAAUAUCCCCACAACUUCCACCCAUCUCUAUAGUUCGAAAGGUCAGAACGCGAUUAGUUCGGGUCGUAGCCAUGGAGCUCGCCUAUGCUUUGGUACAUGUCACCUACAACCUACCCUUAGCGGGACUCAUGACACUUCUUUACUGGCCAUUCAUGACACGUUUGGAUUGCCAACGGAUUCUUACCCUCGUCAUAAUAUCACUCGUCGCUACCAUCCCUUGGGACUCGUACUUGGUGCGUCAUCAUGUAUGGACAUAUGCGCCUGACGCGGUAAUUGGAUGGACUCUAUACUCUAUCCCUUUAGAGGAAGUGCUCUUCUUUGUUAUUCAAACUUAUAAUACCAGUUUGGUGUAUCUUAUUCUAACUCGGCGGUUUGUGCUGCCAAUAUAUCUGGGUAGAUCAUCACGAGAACACACAACUACUGGGGCUUCGAUAAUCUUGCUCACUAUUGUCGGGGGGGUUAUUGCUUUGCUUUGCGGAGGCCUCUUCACCUAUAUUGGGCUAAUAAUCAUAUGGGCUGGUCCAUUUCUUCUCAUACAAUGGCUACUCUCGUCCAGCUUCAUUAUAGCGUUUCCUAGAUCGGAGCUUAUAGCAUCCAUUGUAUUACCUACAGGGUUUCUAUGGCUCGUGGAUACAAUGUCCAUAAAACGAGGCAUCUGGACGGUUGAAACGCACACCAAGCUGGGCAUUCAGCUGUGGAGUGAUAUGGAUGUAGAAGAGGCGUUCUUCUUCCUCGUUACUAAUGUAAUGAUUGUUUUCGGUCUUGUAUCCAUUGACUAUGCCUUCGCUUUGGCGACUUGCGAACUAGUGCAAUCGUCGGAGCCAACCCUGAGCUAUCCAUCGUACUUCCAAGUGCUGGCACGGUUCCUGACCAACAAGCAUCGCCCCAACAAACGGUUCGUGGACAAUCUGGCUAGGUCAGUUGAGCGUCUAGCUUCAUCCAGCCAAAGCAUGUACAUGGGAAGUGCCAUGUUCCAAGGACCACUACGGAUUGAUCUAAUCAUACUGUACUCGUUCUUUCGAAUAGCAGACGACCUCGUUGAUGAAGCCCAAGAUACCGAAACCGCAUGCAGGGUAAUCGAGCAAUGUGAUCAACUUCUCGAGGAGAAGUUCUCCUUCCCGGGCUCAUUUCCAUGCCUGACUGCCUCGAAAGGAGUCGACUAUCCCGUGCCUCCAGCCCUCAUCGCAGCAAUCGAUAGUCUCCCCGUCUCCCGCUUACGCCUCGAACAUCUCAGAGGUCUCCUCGAGGGCUUCCGUAUUGACUUGAUGUUCAGCGACAAACCCAGGUCCUUUCCGUUUGCCACAGAGUCAGACCUUGAUGUCUAUUCUUUCCAUGUCGCUGGCAUGGCAGCUGCAUCAACGCUAGGACUAGUUGUGCACCAUUUUCCGAGCCAUCAAUUUGCCAAGAAUGUUUUCCUUCGUCGGCGCGUUGUAGACGCAGGCGAAAGGAUGGGCCAGGCUCUUCAGUAUAUCAAUGUAGCCAGGGAUGUUACUCGAGAUGCUUCUAUUAAGCGAGUUUAUCUACCUACGAGCUGGCUGAAGCAGGAAGGGCUCGUCCCUGAGGAUGUUCUGGCCUUUCCUAUGGAUUCUCGGUUGGAGAUUUUGAGAGAUAAGGCGCUUGAAAAGGCGAACCAUCUCUGUGCCUCUGCACGGAAUGAGAUUGCAUUUCUACCGAAGGAGGUACAAGGGCCGUUCUUCGCGACCGUAGACAGUUAUUUGGAGAUAGGGGUAGCUCUGAGGCAAGGUAUGAGGCCAGCGCAAGUCGGUGACAAGGUGAAGUUACCGAUUGCGAGGCGUCUCUUCGUUGCUUAUCGCUCUAUGGCUCUGAGGCAGUAA